CGUCUGGCACGGCGGCGCGGGGACCGCAUCCCGGCGCGUUGGGGAUGAGCAGGGCGCGGAGUCGGAGGCUCUCUGCGAGCGGAAAGUUUCGCGCGUGGAGUUCGUCUGGCUGUGGGAGCGAGAGCGCGGGCCUCCCCGCGGGUGCGGGGCUGCGGCGCACAGCCCAGAGCUGACCUGCACCUCGGGGUGCGGCCGCUGAACUCCGGGACCAGUCCCCAGCGCCGCGCCGCGAAUCCGCCACUCCGGCCUCCUCUCUGGAGAGGCAGAGUCCUCGUGUGGCCUCCUGCCUUGUACAUAGCCUGUGUCCUCGGGAGCCCAGCUUGCAGACCACGGCAGUGGUAUCCAUGGGCUCUGCCGACCAUCAGUUCAACCUCACUGAGCUCCUGACACAGAACUACAACCUCCAAGAAGGGUGUGCUGAGGCCCCACAGUGUCCUGACAGGCCGGAGGAGGAGCUGGACAAGGACUUCAUCGACCAGAGCAGUGACAUGCCCCUGGACGAGCUGCUUGCACUGUAUGGGUAUGAGUCGUCAGACCCCAUCUCUGAGCAGGAGAGCGAGGGCGGUGACACGGCUCCAGCCCUGCCGGACAUGACUUUGGACAAGGAGCAGGUAGCCAAGGACUUGCUUUCUGGGGAAGAAGAGGAAGAGACACAGUCCUCCGCCGAUGACCUCACCCCGUCUGUCACCUCCCAUGAGGCCUCCAACCUCUUCCAUAACCAGAGUGGGUCCCGGUUCUUGGCUGGUGAUAACAGCCCAGGCUCCUCAGCCUCCUCCGACACCGAAGAGGACGCGCUUCCUGCCAACAAGUGCAAGAAGGAGAUCAUGGUGGGGCCUCAAUUCCAAGCUGACCUCAACAUCCUGCACUUGAACCGACAUUGUGACAAGAUCUAUGAAAAUGAAGACCAGCUGCUUUGGAGCCCCAGUGUACUCCCAGAGCGGGAGGUGGAGGAGUUCCUGUACAGGGCAGUGAAACGGAGGUGGCAGGAGAUGGCUGGCCCCCAGAUCCCAGAGGGCGAGGUGGUGAAGGACAGUGAGCAGGCGCUGUAUGAGCUGGUGAAGUGUAAUUUCAACGUGGAGGAGGCCCUGCGCAGGCUGAGGUUCAACGUAAAGGUGAUCAGAGACGGACUCUGUGCCUGGAGCGAGGAGGAGUGCAGGAACUUUGAACAUGGCUUCCGUGUUCAUGGGAAGAACUUUCAUCUGAUUCAGGCCAACAAGGUACGCACUCGGUCCGUGGGCGAGUGUGUGGAGUAUUAUUACCUGUGGAAGAAGUCCGAGCGCUAUGACUACUUUGCCCAGCAGACACGGCUGGGCCGGAGGAAGUUUGUCUCCUCUGGAACCACGGAUACUGAGCAGGACCUAGAUGGACUUGACCCUGAUGGCCAUGCCCGGCUGCAGUCUGAGGCAGGGGUGCCUGUGGAGCCUCUGAAUGUGGACAUUGGAGCUGGUGGACUUGAUCAGCCUGGCGUGGGCUUGGAUGACCUCCCUUCCUCAGAGCCAGGACCUCGUCCAUUCCAGCAGCUGGAUGAAACCCCUGCUGUGCCCUCGCUCCAGCAGCCCACUAGCCUGGCCACCUCGGCUGAACUCCCACCGGCUGCUGCUGCUCCAGAGCCGGGCACCAGCCCCAGGCUGGCUGUGGACCUUGCCCUACCUGAGGAGCUGCCCCUUGCAUCCAGCCCUGUGGAUCUGGGCGAGGACACUGCAGAGCCCAUGGCUCCAGCACAGGUGGCCUUGUCGGUCACUGAAUUUGGACUCAUUGGCAUUGGGGAUGUGAAUCCCUUCCUAACUGGCCACCCAGCGUGCCCAGCCUCUACACUGCACUCGGAGCCCUUGUCACAGUGCAACGUGAUGACCUGUUGAUCCCUGGUCAUCUGUGGGUACGUGUGCUCAGAAUGGACGUGGCAGCACUGCCGGGCCUGCGAAGUCAGUCUUCCUGACCCCCCUUCCCAUGCAGGCCUGUGUGAUGCCUUCUCUGCUUCAGAACAUGGUGGGAUUCAGUGAAGCGGCCAGGGCCACACAGACAGACCCCAGACCUCAGCGUCCAGCACCGCCACAGCCCCAGGCUGCCACCAUGCCAUGGAGUCAGCCUGGCAGCUGGGCUCGAAGAGGGCCUGUCUUGGCAUAGAGCCAGCCACCGGCCCCUCAGCCAGCAGAGGCUGGUCAGGCAGUGCUGCCUGGGGCUUUGGGCAGGACUCAUCCCGCACCAGCAGCCUCUGCCCGGGCACCCUCCACAGGCCAGCUCUUUCCCCACCACAGCGGGGUUGUGGCCUCCAGCCUUUGCUCAGUGUGGGACUUUGGGGCACAGAGCCAUAUACCUCGUCCUGUGGCCGCCCUUCCUCGGCCCUUUGCUGUCUUCACUUCAGGAAAAGCCGCACUUUAUACCCCAACUGCCUCCUGCCUGCACUCCCCACCCUGUGCCGUGGUGGGGCCUCAGCAUCCCAGGCGUGAGGAGCGGAUGGUCUGCUCCCUCCUGCCCCUCUCCUUGGGGCGUCUCGGGGCACAGCUCUGGAAGCACCACCCGGCCACCCACCUGUCCCGUGGGUCUCAUUUCUUUGGAGGCUCAUAGCAGGGUGGCUGGGCCCAUCCAGUCCUCGGCCUCCCUCAUUUUAUUUAUGUUGGUGUUUACAAUUUGGAGUGGGGUCCCUGGGCAGGCAGCUCCGCCCGGUGUUGGCAGAGCGGUGCUGUUUGAGCCUGUGCGGCUGGACUCGACCGUCCCUCGCCCCACCGAGGACACUGUGAUGCGAGACUGCCUUUGCCCAAUGCUAUUUUAUUUAUUAAACUUGAUUUGAAGCCC